AGAUAAAACAUGAGCGAUAAUAUGGCAGCACGGAAUUUAAGCAGCUCGAGUGGUGGUGGUGGAGGCGGAAGCCAUUUGACGCCGGGUGGUACAGCAGGAGGAGGAGGGCUAGCCGGUGGGCUACAGCACGAAGGUAGCACGGAGGACAUCGAACGACAGCUGGAAGCACUGGAUCAGGAAAGUGAUUCCGAUUCGGAAUCGUUGGAGGAGCUGGAAGCAUGCGAAAACAUUGAUGUCGUCAAUCCGGACCAAUCGGCACCCGCACUCGACGUAACGACACGCUACACUAUCUGCCUGUUUUGCAAGAAACCGUUUCAGCUAAAGAAGGAACUCAAAAAACAUCUGUUUGAGCACAUGAAGAACCUGAAACCGAUGAAGGAAAAGAAGAUUGUGGAGAAAAAGUUCAAAUGUCACAAAUGCUUCAAAACGUACACGGAAAAGGCACGGGCCGAGAAGCACAUGACCAAGUGCAAGAAGGUGUCGAAGCUGCUGCUAGAUAUGAGCAAUGCUGGUGACGGCCGGAUAAUGGGUGGCAGCGAGUAUGAUGCUGCCGUUGCGGAAAGGAGUAACAAGAGUAGCAUGAAGAGUGGUGGCAAAUUUCGCGAGCCUACCUCACCACGAUCGCUCGUGUUCGAUCCGGAUGCAGCGGCCGACAGUGACGAGCGUUGGUCGUCGGUCGACGAACGAAGGGAACGCAACCAAGUGGUACACUUUGACGAACGAACAACCAAGGGUGGUGGUCCGGGGAGUUCAGAUGAAUCGCCCACAUCGCCCGGUACCGGUGGACAUUUUCAAAAGUGUUCGUAGAGACCGACAGAC